AUGACUGACCCCCUCAAUACUACGACAAUGGCCUUUUGGUAUUUCGACAAGGAUGAGCUGCACCGGACCGCCUCGGCUCAGGAUGGCAUACCACAUGAGAGGGAGUCCCGGUACCGUCAAGAAGGGGCAAGGUUCAUCAUCGACGCUGGUACGAAGAUGGACCUGGGCUACAACACGAUGGCCACUGGUGUCGUUUACUUCCAUCGUUUUUAUAUGUAUCAUUCGUUCAAAACGUUCCCUAGAUAUCUCACAGCAUGCUGUUGUCUUUUUCUUGCGGGUAAAGUAGAAGAAACACCUAAGAAAUGUAAAGACAUAAUAAAGUUGGCUAAAGCAAUAUUGCCCGAGGAUAAAUACGAUACCCUUGGAUUAGACCCUAAGGAAGAAGUAAUGGUGCUCGAACGUAUAUUGUUGCAAACAAUUAAAUUUGAUCUGCAAGUUGAUCAUCCAUAUCAGUUUUUAUUAAAGUAUGCUAAAUGUUUAAAAGGUGAUAAGACUAAACUAACUAAAAUGGUUCAAAUGGCUUGGACAUUUGUAAAUGAUAGCUUAUGCACAACUCUUUGUCUUCAAUGGGAACCAGAGAUUAUUGCAGUUUCAUUAAUAUAUUUAGCAUGUAAACUGAGUAAAUUUGAACUCAACGAUUGGCAGGGUCGUACACCAAAUCAUUUACGUUGGUGGGAUAUGUUUGUUCAAGGAAUGAAUAUGGAUUUGCUUGAAGAUAUUUGUCAUCAAGUUCUGGAUCUUUAUUCAACUCCUGACAAAAAUGCACCACCAUCACCUCCAUGCCAAGAAAAAUUUAUAGUACCCAAAAAAGUUAUACCCCCACAGUCCAUUUAUCAGAAAUUAUUGUUGCAAAAAAUGGCUGCUAAAUACAUGCUUACACCUGAACAAGCGAUGCAAGCGGCUAUAACAAAAAAUGUGAAAUUGAUUACAACGCCAAAUACCUUGCCAGUCAAGCAAUUAUUACCCAUGCCACCAGGAAUUAAACCAUCAAUUUCUAAUGUUCCUCCCAAACCACAAAAUGCUCAAAAACCAUUUUUGCCGCCACCUCCCACACCACCUAGAUUGUUAUUAUCACAGUCACCCUUAAAACGACCACCCCCACUUCCAUCAACUAGACCGCCACUGCCUACAAUGCCACCACCGCCACCUCCUCCAACACUUCCACCCCCUCCACCAACCCCAAAUCAAAUGUUGAUCCCUCCAGGUGUUACUCAAUUGCCACCACCACCCAUGCAACCGCCACCACCAAUACCUCCAGCGGGCUUCCCUAUGUACCCUUAUCCUCCACUUCAAAAUGCAGGACAAUCGUUUCCGAACUCUAUGUUUUCUCAGCCUCCGAAUCUGAUAUCUUCAGUGCCUGGGCAAUAUCGAUCACAUGAAACGAUGGCUUCUAUUCAGUUCAUGGGCGAAUCUGUUCCUCCUCCGAGACAGUCUUAUAGUGAAAAUUACAAUCAAAGAGAAAACAUGACUCAGCAAUCAACGCAGUCGUUCAGUGAUUUUGAAACUCAAGAUGCGUAUGAAGAAAGCAGACUAAAAUACAUUGAGAGUCGUGCAUUUAGUCGAGAUAGUGCUUUUGCUGGUGGCAGCUAUGGAAAUGGAUCUCAACAUUUCGUAGAUGGUGGUCCACAUUUUAGCAGUGAAAGUGGUCAGCAUUAUGUUGAUGGUGGAAGCCAACUCUUCCAUUCAGACCCUGCUUAUCUACAGUUUAGAGGAAAUCCGCCAAAUAAACGUGGUUUUAAUACCAGAACUAAUCGACCUCCACCUCCACCACCUCAAUACCAAAAUAGACAAGUUCGGCAUCAUCCAUAUCAAAGACGAUAG